AUGUCUCCAGGUCCCGAGUUUCACUUCCUCCCCCAGUCCCGUAACUUACUUACCUCCGUAGCUGUUAUAAGUUUUAUUACUCAUUUUGGGUACUUGCGACUCCCGCUGAAAGGACUCUUGCCAGUUCUGGAGAAGGACUACAAGUGGAAGGCCUGGGCUUUCAAGUCUAUCAACGUUACGCCUGCCGAAUUCGAAAUGGACUUGAGUGCGACCCCUUUCUCUCUCGAUCAGCGAUAUCUGGCCCCCGGCGAUGAAACAUUUUCGACUUAUUGGGUGCCCGUUGAUCAACAUGUGGCCGCCUUCACUUGGAGAGCUUUGGGGAAAAUGGCGAUUAUCGAUCGGGUCUUGGAAUGCUGA